UUUUAUUUCUUAUUUAUUCAAGAAUUUACAUAUUCAGCCCCUUAAGUUUAUCUAAGUUAUCAUUCUUGUUCAUUUUCUAACCUUUUUAAACUUCCCUUAUUUAUUUUUUUUAACUUAUCUAAUCAUACAAAAUAUUUAAUCAUUCAAAUAAUCUAUUAUAAAAUUUUGGGGUGUUACAAAUUCACACGCGAUGAGUGAAGGAUUCUACAUUCGAGAGACAUUAGACCAGCGGGAUGUUGAUCAAAUUUAUGAGGUGUAUGAUACCCUUUUCACUGCUCGGUUGCAUCAUGGUGGGAAUUUCACUCAUCGUCCUGGUAGACAGUAUGUUAAUGGUAAGCAUGACUUCAUCGAUCAUCUAGACAGUGACAGGUUCUCUGUACACGAGUUGGAUCUUGCGAUGAUAAUGUUAGGUUAUGAAGAAGGUUCCAUUAUGUUCUAUCAUUUUUUAAUACCAGGAGAGAGUUUAGAUAGUGGUCUUCGUAGCCUUGCUUGUGAUGCUGAUGUGAUAGAACUUUUAAAAUAUGUCCCUGAACAUAGGGUUGUAGAUUUUUACACUGAACAUGGUAAUACAAAUGUUAACUAUAAUAGAUUAGGGGUGCAUAUUGAAGAAAUCAAUGAAGUGGGCCAAUCAAGUGGUGUACAACAGGAAGUUGGGAUGGUUACCAAUUGGUUUAGGGUUCUAAAGUUGGGAUGGCAUGAAGUGGGCCAAUCAAGUGGUGUAUAACAAGAAGUUUUAGCCAUAACAGAUUAUGAAAAGGAUGCAGAUGUAGAU